AUGGAUAGCAUGUCAGUUGAGAAUGUCACGACUUCGGUCGUCGCACUGAAUGACGGUAGAAGUAUACCUACCAUUGGCUUGGGAGUAUAUCAAGCUGAGCCCGACGAUACAUACAGGGCAGUCACCGCUGCUUUGAAAUGUGGAUAUAGACACAUAGAUACUGCCCAGCUUUACGGCAACGAGAUGGACGUAGGUAGGGCCGUCAAGGUAGGAUAUCUGAUUCUGAGAGACGUAUAG